GAAAAGAUUCAUGUUUGAUAGAAGAUGGCUAGCUAAACCGGGCUUCAAAGAAUCGGUGGAAAAGGCAUGGAAAAAACAGCAAGAGGGAACUCCAUUGUACGUUGUUAUGCAAAGAAUCAAAGAAACAAGAGUGGAAUUCUUAAAAUGGAGUUGCAAAUUCAGAACUGAAACAGCUAAACUGAUCUCCAAAUUGCAUAAUGAGCUGUCAGAAAUGAGGAGUGAUGGGAAGCUAAUUGACUGGAAAAGAUGGGAUGAUACUAAAAAGAAGCUUAAUGAAGCCUAUAAACUAGAAGAGCAGCACUGGGAACAAAAGGCUAGAAUUACAUGGCUUAAGCAUGGCGACAAAAAUUCCAGAUACUUCCAUGCCCAAACUGUGCAAAGAAGGAAGAGGAACACCAUUGUGAGACUCAAUAAAGAAGAUGGCACCCUGUGUGAUAAUAAAGAGAAGAUCGAUCAGUGUAUUGAAGAAUUCUACCAUCAGCUCUUCACAUCAGAAGGAACUCAGAAUGGGGAAAGUGCUCUGCAGGACAUGAUGCCAGUUAUUAAUGAAGAAAUGAACUCUGAACUUGAGGCACCUGUUAGAAAAGAUGAAAUCAAAGAAGCCCUUUUCAACAUCAACCCCAACAAAGCCCCCG